AUGAGUGUGGUGGGAUUUGACAUUGGUAAUGAGAACUGUGUCAUUGCUGUGGCAAAACACCGGGGGAUUGAUGUUUUGUUGAACGACGAAUCCAAACGGGAAACCCCGGCUAUUAUAUGCUUUGGCGAAAAGCAACGGUUUUUGGGGUCUGCUGGGUCUGCUUCUGCUAUGAUGCAUCCUAAAUCGACGAUAUGUCAGAUAAAGAGAUUUAUAGGCAGGCGGUUUCGUGACCCUGAUAUGGAAAGGGAUCUGAAGAUGCUUCCUCUUGAAACUUCUGAGGGACCGGACGGUGGCGUUUUGAUUCAUUUGAAAUACUUGCAGAGGACUCAUACAUUUACACCGGUUCAAAUAAUGUCUAUGCUCUUUGCUCACUUGAAGACUAUGACGGAAAAAGAUUUGGAGGCACCCGUCUCGGAUUGUGUUAUUGGUAUCCCGUCAUACUUCACCAACUUGCAGAGACGAGCUUAUCUUGAUGCGGCGAAAAUUGCUGGGUUGAAGCCUCUGAGAUUGAUCCAUGAUUGUACAGCAACUGCCCUUAGUUAUGGAAUUUACAAAACGAAUUUUCAAAGUGAAGGUUUUACGUAUGUUGCAUUUAUUGACAUUGGUCAAUGCGAUACUCAGGUUUGCAUUGCAGCGUUUCAGUUUGGGCAAAUGAAGAUACUUUCGCAUACUUUUGACAGAAGUUUAGGUGGGAGGGACUUUGAUGAGGUCCUAUUUACUCAUUUUGCGGAAAAAUUCAAGGAACAAUACAGCAUUGAUGUGUAUUCUAAUGCCAAGGCAUGCAUUAGGCUGCGUGCAGCAUGUGAGAAAUUGAAGAAAGUUUUGAGUGCAAAUCCAGAGGCACCGCUAAAUAUCGAGUGUUUGAUGGAUGAGAAAGAUGUUAAGGGCUUUAUCACACGGGAAGAAUUUGAGAGUCUUGCAUCGGGAUUAUUGGAUAGAAUUUCUAAACCUUGCAAACAAGCAUUAGUUGAAGCAGGCUUGAAUGCAGAGAAGAUUGUUUCUGUAGAACUAGUUGGUUCAGGUUCUAGGAUUCCAGCAGUAAGUACAUUAUUAACUUCUCUAUUCAAAAGAGAACCCAGCCGAAAGCUGAAUGCAAGUGAAUGUGUAGCUCGUGGUUGUGCUCUACAGUGUGCUAUGCUCAGUCCCGUAUACCGUGUGAGAGACUAUGAGGUCCAGGAUAUCAGUUCUUUUUCAUAUGGACUUUCAUCAGAUGAAGGUCCAAUUUCUGUAGGAACAAAUCGUGUAAUUUUCCCAAAAGGCCAAUUGAUUCCAAGUACUGCAGUUCUACGACUCCAGCGAACUAGUUUUUUCCAUUUGGAAGCUUUCUAUCCAAAUCAAUGUGAACUACCACCUGGAACAAGUCCUGAAAUUAGUUCCUUCAUGAUCGGUCCUUUGCCCGAAUCUCAUGGUAGUAAGACAAGAAUUAAAGUUCGAGUUCAACUAAAUCUGCACGGCAUUUUCAUUAUUGAAUCAGCUACAUUGAUCACAGAUCACGCUGAUGAUGAUCCUUCAAAUUACGAUGCAAUGGAUGUUGAUCCCGUGUCUGAAACAUCAGAUAGUACCAAUUUUGUUGCCAAUGGCGCUGAAGAUAGUAACAAUCAGUCCGAUUCUCCACAAAGUUUUGCUGAUUGUUCAAAAAAAGAUAAAGCUAACAGAAAGCAGCCUAUUCCGGUGAAUGAGAGUAUCUAUGGCGGAAUGACAAUGGCAGAGAUUUGUGAAGCCCAUGAAAAAGAACUCCAGUUAGCCCAACAGGAUAGAGCUGUGGAGCUAACCAAAGAAAAGAAGAACACUUUGGAAUCCUAUGUCUAUGAGACAAGGAGUAAGCUUCUCAACAUGUAUCGGAGCUUUGCAAGUGAUCAAGAGAGGGACGGCAUAUCUAGGAGUUUGCAAGAGACUGAGGAUUGGCUUUACGAGGACGGUGAUGAUGAAACCGAACAAGCUUAUACUUCAAAACUGGAAGACCUGAAAAAACUGGUGGAUCCAAUUGAGAAUCGUUACAAAGACGAUGAAGAAAGAGCGCAAGCUAUAAAAGAGUUAUCAAGUCUCAUUUCAGAGAUUCACCACUCUGCAGGUUCCUUUCCACCCCAAGAUAAAGAACUGAUCAUCAAUGAGAGUAAUGAAGCAGAGCAGUGGCUAAUAGAGAAAGUGCAACAACAAGAUUCUUAUCCUAAGAAUCGUGACCCAAUAUUAUGGUCGAGUGAUAUUAAGAGCGUAGCAGAGGAUCUAAAACAAACAGUGCAAAGGAUAGCAAGAUCCAGGAGGAAAAAUUCAGAAGACGAUGACAAAGACAAGACGGAUACUUCCAAUCAUUCAUGA